GAGACAGAGAGAGAGAGAGAGAGCACGAGCCCACAGUAUUUGGACGGACCUCCCUCUUCCCUGUGAAGCUGCCGCCGCUGGUCCGCGCGCCCGCAGGCAGGAAACACCAGCCACUGACAGCGACGAGGGCGGAGAUAAUGUCUCAUUAGAGCAGCCGAGCAGCGCGAGCACGACAACUGACCGCUGCCUCAACUCACACUUGGAUUCUCCGCUGACCCGCGACGACGCAGCCGCUGUCCGCCUCUGAACCGAGGAGAAGCGGAGAAGAUGCCGGUGAAAGGCGGCGGAGGAAGAAUGGUCUCGUACCCGAGCAGGAGCGAAAAUGUCGGCAGCUCAGGAGGGGAGGAGAUGGUCUGGGAGCAGUUUACAGUCACUCUGCAGCGGGACUCUAAGUUGGGUUUCGGCAUCGCUGUGUCAGGCGGCCGCGACAACCCUAACGUGGAGAACGGUGAGACGUCAAUCAUCGUGUCAGACGUGCUAAAGGGAGGACCAGCUGAUGGAUUACUCUUUGAGAAUGAUCGUGUCAUUCAGGUCAAUUCCAUCUCCAUGGACAGCGUGCCUCAUUCCUUUGCUGUGCAGUCUCUCCGUAAAUGUGGCAAAGUGGCCAAAAUAACAGUGAAGAGACCUCGUAGAGUGUCGGUCCACAUGAAGCAGCCCCCCUCCCCGGGUGCAGACAGUCGGGAGUACACCCCCUCCAGCCACUACUACGACGCCGACAACGACAACAGCUGGUACCGCGACGAAGGCCGGGAUCAAGCCUCUGACAGCAAAGGUUACCUGGAGCCCGAGUACAGGGGCGGGCAGGACUACAACCAGAGAGGGCGGAGCCGCGGGAGGAGCCAGGAGCGAAACUCCAGCCUGGACAGACCCAGGAGGGACGGCAGCCGGGAACGGACCCUGGAUGUCAGCGCCGAUCGUCAGCGGUACCACAGCCGAGAGCGCAGCCCCCCCGGGGACAGCUAUCGCAUGGAGGACAAGUAUGAGCGAGGGGGAGGAAAAGUAGGGAAGUACAGGAGCAGAGACCACCUUAAUGACAACCCUCCAUCUCCAGAACCUUCCAGAGAGCUGGAGCCACUGGAAAAACCUGUCAACGUCCUGCUGGUGAAGAACAAGCCCAGUGAAGAGUACGGCCUGCGUCUCGGGAGUCAGAUCUUUAUCAAACAGAUGACCAACACAGGCCUGGCCGCCAAGGACGGGAACCUGCAGGAGGGAGACAUCAUUCUGAAGAUCAAUGGAACCGUGACUGAGAACCUCUCUCUGCAAGACGCCGGGAAACUCAUCGAGAAGUCCAGAGGGAAACUGCAGCUGGUGGUCCAAAGGGACCGCCGCCAGAUCCUGGUCCGCAUCCCCCCUCUGGCAGACUCUGACUCUGAUAAUGAUGACAUAUCAGAGAUGGAGUCGUACCAUUCCUAUUCUCCCCCAGAGGAGAGGAGGUCCCACCAGUCCGAUCUGUCCUCCCACUCCUCUAAUGAGAGAGACAACCCCAGGGAAGAACACUCGAGGACAGCUCAGAUGUCAGCCAUGGCCUCUCCAUUCAAAGUCCCUGAAGAGCCUCAUGCCUCAGCUGAUGUGGACACGCUGCACACAGACGCCGCUCCAGCUGCUGCAGCAACCACGCCCAAGAUUCUCCUCAGACCGAGUUCAGAGGAUGAGAAGAUGUACGGACCAAACACAGUGAUGGUGAAUUUCCAGAAGGGCGACAGCGUCGGGCUGAGGUUGGCUGGAGGCAACGACGUCGGAAUCUUCAUCGCCGGCGUUCAGGAGGGCAGUGCCGCCGAGGAGGAGGGUCUGCGUGUCGGAGACCAGAUCUUAAAGGUGAACAACGUUGAUUUUCAAGGUGUGGUGCGAGAGGAAGCCGUGCUCUUCUUGUUGGAGAUUCCUAAAGGAGAAGUGGUCACCAUCCUCGCCCAGAGCAAACUUGACGUUUAUAACGACAUCUUGGUGUCGGGACGCGGCGACUCCUUCUUCAUCCGCACACACUUUGAGUAUGAGAAGGAGACGCCUCAGAGCUUGGCCUUCAGCCGAGGCGACAUCUUCAAGGUGGUGGACACGCUGUACGACGGCAAGCUCGGCAACUGGCUGGCAAUCCGCGUCGGUAAAGAGAAGCAGCUGCUGGAGAAGGGAAUCAUCCCCAACAAGAGCAGAGCCGAGCAGAUGUCCAGUGUUCAGACUUGUCAUAAAGCCGUCGUGGGCGAUCGAGCGGAUUUCUGGCGGCUGCGGAGCCAGCGUUCUCUGAAGAGGAAAGACCUGAAGAGGACCAGAGAGAACCUGAGUGCUCACACUCUGGCCACGCGCUUCCCUGCCUAUGAACGCGUGGUGCUUCGAGAGGCUGGAUUCCGGCGUCCUGUGGUCCUGUUUGGUCCCAUCGCUGAUGCUGCUAACGAGAGACUGGCCUCUGAGAUCCCGGACCUGUUUGUCAUUGCCAAAACCGAGCCUAAAGACGCCGGCUCUGAGAAGUCCUCGGGCGUGGUCCGACUCAACACCAUCCGACAAAUCAUCGAGCAGGACAAGCACGCCUUGCUCGAUGUGACCCCCAAGGCGGUGGACACCCUGAACUACACCCAGUGGUAUCCCAUCGUCAUCUUCUUCAACCCCGACAGCAAACACGGCAUCAAGGCCAUGAGACAGAGGAUCGUCCCCAGCUCCAACCGCAGCGCUCGCAAACUCUACGAGCAGGCGGUCAAACUGAGGAAGACCUGCGCGCACUUAUUCACUGACGCCAUUGAUCUGAACUCAGCCAACGACGCGUGGUACGGCAGCGUCAAAGACUCAAUCAGAGAGCAGCAGAUGCAGGCUGUGUGGGUUUCUGAUGGCAAGCUGGAGGGAGUAGAGAGUGACCUGGACUGCCAGGACGUGGAGCGUCUGUCCUUCCUGUCGGCCAUGUCUGCAGAUUACCUCAGCAUAGACAGCCGGCUGACCUCUGACCUGGACGACACUGCGGACGAGGGCGGCUGCUACACGGACAACGAGCACGAUCUGGAGACGACGCACAUGUCGGCCAUAAGUCGCUCAUCUGAGCCUGUGACAGCUGAGGAGAUCUUGCGCAGAUACAGUCCUGACAUCAGGAGUCGCAUGAGAAAAGUCAGUUGUCGGGAAGUUCUGAAGAGGUCCAGCCCUCCAGUGGGUUCUUUAUCUGACAACAAGGUGAAACUGUCGCUGAGGGAUGAUCCAGUCUUUGUGUCGGGCGUCAUUAACCCACAUCAUCACCCGCGCCUGCACCACUCGCCGCCUCCCAGCUCCAGCCGGAGUUACGACUCCCCCUCCAGCAGCAGCCCUGCCAGCAGCAACAACGACCCUCUGCCUCCCGUGUCUCACUCGGCUGCCUCGUACGCUCCUCUGCCCCCGCCUCCUCUUCACCACCUGUCCUUCAGCAGACCGCAGCACCUGGGAGCUCUGCAGCUCCCCGCUCUACCACCACCACCACCACCAGAGGGCGUGGGUCGGCCGUGCGGGCGGCAGGAGGCGGCGGAGGACGGCUCUGUGGACGACCCCUCCAUGAGGUCCUUCUUAGGGAAGAUCAAAGCCUUUGAAAAGAUGGAUCACUUUGCCCGAGCGCACAGGCUGCUGGAGAUACAGGAGGCGCAGAACGCCAGGCUCGAGAUUGUUCAGACGCACCCAGACCUGUACGCUGUUCCUCUGAAGACGGCCAAACUGGACCACAGUCGACCGCAGCCGAUCGGUUCCAGUUCACACCCUGAACAUCACACGUCUCCGUCCUCUAAGGAGGGACGUCCCUUCUACGCAGCUGAGGAGGACACAGGGAAGGAGGCAGCACCUGGAUAUUACACUGCCAGCUCUCACCAGUACCAGGACACUGAGCUGUAGGAUGACUUUGAACAGACUAUUAAGAGAGCGGGGAAACCAUGUUUUGUCUUCUCUCUACAAUCCAUUUGAAAAGGAACACACUGUCCUCACUUUACAUUUGGUUUUGUAUUUAAGUGUUUGUCGGUCACUUUGAGACGGUCACGACUGAGUGCUCAGUGCUCAGGAACCACUUGUUUUCUUGCCUAUGCAACUCUUCAGUUUGUGCACAGCAGCUGAAACCACACGUUUGCCCUCAUUAACACGCUUUAUUUGAAGCUCCGCUUUUUGCACUUCUAAUAAUAUACAAACAUUUAUGAUACUAUAUAUUACUAUAUUACUAUUCACAAGUAUAAAUUACUAUAUUAUAAAUAUAUAUAUGCAUUCCAUCCUAUAUGAAAAUGCCUGUUUAUACAUACAGUAUACAGUAUACCGAGUAUAUAUAGAUAUAUAUAUAUUCUAUUUAUCGACUUUUCAAAGUGCCUUUUACUUUUCUUAGUCCCGUGAGGAUCGGUUUGUCUGUCCUCUGCCACCCUCUGCUGCUGCUGUCGAGCUUAAAGGUCAAACCAGGGAACCAGUGACACCAAAACCUUAAUGCUGUCCCCGCAGGAACACCCAGUGCACACCCGCGCACCAGGAAACAGCAACUGUAACAGUAACUUCAACUUUUUUACUCCAGCAAUACAAUGUGUAGAAUUGGCACAAUCAGUAACACAAUUGAUUAAAAAUGAAUUCAAUCUGCACAAACCUGUGUGCCAAUUUGACCUUUGACCCAUCCUCACAAGCAGAGGAUUAUUUUUAUGUUGUAGCGUCUGAGGCUGAAGUUGCUGAUCUAACUCUCUUAAAGUGAUAGUUCAGGUUUUUGAGUGUUGGUGUGUGAGACACACAAACAAGGAUUUAAAAAUCUGUUAGCGGUUUUAUCUCAGCCUUUUCCAGGUUUUCCAACUCUCCUGCACCUGUCUUAACACACUUUAAGGAAAGAAAAGGAUCUUAAUCAAGUUCACAUGGAGGGUUGAUCAGAAGAUGUAACCUUAGAGGCUGUUGAGUCUUUUAUAACGUGGCUAAAAUUGACCGUUUUUACCUCAUUCAACCACAAUCUGAAAAGCAUGGAUUAUCACUUCAGUCCCUCCACAGUAGCUGGUGUGAUCUGGUGUGAUCUGGUGUGACUGGGCCUCAUCAUUCCUGUUUCUUUGUUUUGUUGUGUUUGGUCCAGGAACCCUGCAGCGCCCUCCUGUGUCCGGUCAGUCAUGGUGGCUCUCACUGCCUUUGCCAACAACACACUAAAUAAAUGAUAAGGUGGCAGGGGAUUUUUUUUUUUCUUCUUCUUCUUCUUGUCAACAAAAUGAAUGUCUCCUAACAAGUACUGUAUUGUGUAUCCAAAGCCUGAUAUAUGCUGUCUUAUUCCUCUGUGCCAUACUACUCUAGUGUGUACAAUUACACGCCAGAGCACCAAAUAUAUAUGAAUCUACUGCUGAAAUAACCAUCAACUAAUGCAUUUUUUUGUUUUUAUUUAUACAGCAACAAAUCGUCAAUAAUAAACAAGGCACUUAACAAUUA